AUGGCUGAAGAAGCGGCAGCCACUGGCGCAGUAGCGGAAAAAGUGAUACAUACUUAUCCAUUGAUAAGGCACUCUGAUAUGUCAGAGGAGAUGCGAACUGAGGCAGUGGAGUUAUCAGUUACAGCAUGUGAAAAGUUUUCCCAAAACAACGAAUUGGCAGCUCGCAUGGUCAAGGAGUCGAUGGACAAGAAAUUCGGGCCAGCCUUCCACGUGGUCGUCGGGGAGAGCUACGGCUUCGAAAUCACGUAUGAAUGUACGACGAUAUGUUAUAUGUACUUCGGUGGUAAUCAAGCGAUUUGUAUUUGGAAAUGCUCU